AUGUCGAGUAAUACCCCAGAGCAAAGCCAGCAAGAACAACAGGAACUUGCGGCUUCUAAGAGAAAACAAUACCGUGAAGAUAAAUCACAUGUACGAAAACAAGCAAGAUUUGAUGAAACAACACCAGAACCAAAUACUAGUACUGCUUUACCAAAAAAGAAAUAUUAUCGUCAACGUGCUCAUUCAAAUCCAUUUUCUGAUCAUAGAUUAGAAUAUCCAUCUAGUCCAGAUACUAUGGAUUGGUCAAAAUUAUAUCCUAUUGAAUAUAAUACAAGUAAAGUUGAAAUUGCUGAUAUUGGAUGUGGAUAUGGUGGUUUAAUGAUUAAAUUAGGACCAGAAUUUCCUUCAUCUUUAAUUUUAGGAAUGGAAAUUAGAGUUCAAGUUACUCAAUAUGUUGAAGAUCGUAUUGUUGCUUUAAGAAAAAAUCAUGCUAUGGAUGAUUAUAAAUAUCAAAAUAUUGGGGUUUUAAGAGGUAAUGCAAUGAAAUUUUUACCAAAUUUUUUUAAAAAAAGUCAAUUAUCAAAGAUGUUUUUCUGUUUCCCAGAUCCUCAUUUUAAACAACGUAAACAUAAGGCUAGAAUCAUAACAAAUACUUUAUUGAGUGAGUAUGCAUAUGUGUUGAAGGAAGGUGGUAUUAUUUAUACUAUUACUGAUGUUGAGGAUUUACAUAACUGGAUGGUGAAACAUUUGGAUGAACAUCCUUUAUUUGAAAGAUUAUCCAAAGAAUGGGAAGAUCAAGAUAAAUGUGUUGAGAUCAUGUACAAUUCUACUGAAGAAGGUCAAAAGGUUACCCGUAAUAAAGGUUCAAAAUGGGUUGCAUGUUAUAAAAGAUUACCAAACCCUGAAGACUGUGAGUAA